AAUAGAGUGUCAAAAACUAAGCUUAGCGGCUGAUUCCUGCAACCCCCUCUCUCUCACCCUUUCUCUCUCUUGCCUACAUCUAUCCAUUUAGGGUUACUAAACUUAGAUUAAUUUACUCACUACAAUUUUCUAUUUAUAUUUCUUCAAUUUGCAUCACCAAAGAUACAAAUAAAUAAAAAUUAAAAUGGGAAGAAUAUUCGUGAUAGAAUUGGAAGGCAGGACUUACAAAUGCAAAUUCUGUAAAACCCACCUUGCUCUUGCCGACGACCUCGUUUCACGGACUUUUCACUGUCGCAGAGGAAAAGCAUAUCUGUUCAAAAAUACGGUAAACAUUAUCCUAGGAGCUUCGGAAGAAAGAGUGAUGCUUUCUGGGAUGCAUACCGUGGCAGAUAUAUUUUGCUGCAGCUGUGGACAGAUCGUUGGAUGGAAAUAUGAAUCAGCUCAUGAGAAAAGCCAGAAGUACAAAGAAGGGAAAUUUGUUCUUGAAAGAGGCAGGAUUAAUGAUGGAUUCGAUGCUGAAUUCUACAUUGAUGCGCAUCCAAUGAGUGAUACCGAGGAUGUUUAGAUAUGUCGACAUGUAUAACAUGUACUCUAUGUUGUAAGUGAAAGACAUAUUAUGAUAUCAAUCAAUGUUUCUAUCAAGAGAUUUUCAACACGUUACCUGUAUAUACGAGCAUGACGAUUUCCUGUUGAGCGUAAUCUCUGAGUUCUGCGGUUGGCAUGAACUUUUGCUCCAUAAAUCUUAUUGAUUUUUAUUUGUUUCCUUUG